AUGACACUACCGACGAAAUUUCUCAUCCUCUCAGACACCCACAACUUCGAGCAUGACGCCUCCAAAGCUUAUCCGCUAUGCCAACCAAUGCCCAAAGUGAAUGUUGUACUUCACUGCGGCGACCUUACGUACAUUGGCGGUCUGCCAUCGUAUCGAAAGGCUCUCAAAAUGCUCGAUCGUUUCGAUGCAGAGUUCAAACUGGUCAUCGCGGGCAACCACGACGUGAGCCUCGAUGGCGAAUACUGGCGCGCUUCCCUCGGAAAAGAAGAUGACCCCGACGAGCAUGACAAGGCUGUCGAACUCAUGACAGGGCGAGAUGCUGAAGCUGCGAACGUAACCUACCUCACCGAGGGCCUGCACACCUUCACACUCAAAAGCGGCGUCUCUUUCAACAUCUUCGUCUCGCCGUAUCAACCGGAGUUCUGCAACUGGGCUUUUGGAUAUAAGCACAACGAAGACCGCUGGAACAUACCUCCGAAUGCAGACAUUGUGAUGACACACGGCCCACCGCAGGGCAGCCUAGACGUCGUUCGCGAUUCGCAUCUUGGCUGUGCGCAGUUGGCGAAGGCGAUCGAAAAGACAAGACCACUGCUGCAUUGCUUUGGGCAUAUUCACGAGGGCUAUGGGGUGGACUUGAAAAAAUGGGACCAAGAAGGGGGCAAGAAAGAUGGCGAACAGCUUCCAGUAAAGUUCUCUCGAGCAGGAAUCGAUGGCCCGGGAGGUCGACUCAUGCUCAAAAGGGGCGAGAGUACCCUCAUGAUCAACGCGGCCAUCAUGAACGACCACAACAAGCCGGAAAAUGCGCCUUGGUUGAUUGAGCUGCCACUGAGUGGUGACUAG